AUGGCGACCAAAACAACGCGGUCUCUGGCGUCACAUCCUGUUCCGGUAGGUGACCGCUUCGUGAAGUCCUACGACGGACACUUCCCCCCGGGUAGGAGAAGCUGGUGCAGAAAGGUUCCUGGUUGCUGCUCUGGAGUCACCAUGGAGACGGGAUGCUGCUGCGCGGAGCCCUUGUGGAUCUCGGAGGCUCUGAGGGCCCUGAGCGUUGUAAUGCAAAGUGCAGGGACCCCAUCUAUGGUCUGGUUCAAAGAAAGCAGCCAGAGGAAUCUGAAAAGCAGAGACUUCCUGGUCCCUAAUGGAGCUCUAAAGAAAUCCUUCCCUGAUGGAAAGGUGGGCAUCAUGGGCUAAGCCUCUAAGGCAUCAGGGAACCGUGGGGAGGGGGCAACACAGCCGGCCUAUGUAGGAGGGAGGAAGAAAAGGGGUUCAAAUACAUAAUAAUAAUAAUAAUAAUAAUAAUAAACACCUAAUAACAAAUUAGCACCUCUCCUCUCACUGAUGUUUAUAUAAUAAUGUCAGCUUAUUAUUUAUUUAUUUAUUUCAUUCUGCCCAAGUAAUGAUUAAUAAGAAUCUAACAGGAUUUUCAUUUUUUUUUUUUUUUAAAUAUGAAACCAGUUUUACACCUUUGCGGAGUAUGUUGAAAUGUUAUAUAAAAAGUACUAAAAAGUGUUGUUUGUGGAGAGGUUGGUUAUUUAACCGGCUAGAAAGCUGCAUAACUGUUGUCACAUAUUUGCCUUUGUUAUAGAGUAAAGUAAUCGAAAGUUUUGUUUGAUUUCAGGUUCCUGAAGAACUUAUACAGAAAUUGUCAUCCUUGAAUGGACGUGGAGUUCCUCCUAUCCAAAGAUGCCUGCAGAAUGAAGCAGGGCUUGUCAUACAGUUGGAUCGGACGGCUGUCUUCCACCGAGUGCUGUCUGACUUUUCUCCAUACUUGAAACACGCACCAGUGGCUUCUGAUAAUGAGCCAAAUAUUGUAAUACUGAACUGUGUCCCUUUGCAUUCAUGGGAGGGCCUGAACACAUUCAAACUAAGCCACUUAAGAGCUGUUCUUGUUGCAGAUCAUUUUGCUGAGUUGCUGCGUUUGAGAGGGUGAGGGAUUUACCAGUUUUACCUUGUAAUCCUUAUUUACAGUUGAAUUGUGUGUUGUUGUUUUUUUUUUUAUGCUUGUACUUUAGAAAGUAAAAUGUAAAUGUCUAAGGAAAUUUUCUCUCUGUCCACUUGAAAAAAAUGAAAACAUCAAAAGAUUAAAAUAAAUAAAAAUGAUGAGGUUGCAGAGCAGAGGAAACAUAUAUAACAUAUCAAAAGAAACCAAACAAAUACUCAGCAUUCCUUGUGAUAAAUACAGAAGUGACUUUUAGUGCUUACAAGCAAUUGACCAAACUACAAACUCGCCGAAGUCUUUCUUCGAGCCUGUGUAGCAUGAAGCGUGUUUGGGGAGAGGCGCUUUGUUGCUUAAAUGGCUAUAUAUUUAUUCGCCUUGUCUCUCGGUGGUGCGUGUACUUCUCUAUUUGGUUAUGGUUAUAUCUGAAUUUUUAUCUCUCCGUUUGUUAUAUGUUGGUGCACGAUACUCCUCCAUGUAUCAUUUGUCGUGUGGUGCAUUCGCUCGCUCUUUGGGCGGGGGGUGGAGGGGAUGAGAUUGGGUCUGUGUCCCGUUGGAUAUUAGUGGGUUUCGUGAUUUUUUUUUCCCACGUCUUGUGGGCUGCUCUUACGCUCGGGCGGUUACCAAAUUGUGUCGUUGCCAUUAAUUCGUAUGUCCAGUUUUCAUCUACUUGCCUCAUCAGCUCGGCUAUUGAUGGUGUUGUGGUUUUUUUCCAUAGCCUGGAUACCAGCAAGUUUGCCGAUAUCAAGGUGUGGUACAUAAUGAUUCUAAUUUGCUUUGGGGUGCGGAGUGGUAACAUGAACAGUAGACACUCCUGUGGCUUAUCCAACCUUAUGUUAGGUGAUAUCUUUUGAUGCAGUUGGGUCACCGCUUCCCAAAAUGGGCUUAUUUUGUCACAAGACCACCAGAUGUGGAGCAUCGUACCCACCUCCCUCCCGCACCUCCAGCACGAGUUGUUUGGGGCCAUAUUUUGUGUAGCUUUGCUGGUACCAAGUACCAUCGGUACAUUAUUUUUCGCUGCAGUUCUAGGUGUGUGGCGCACGCUGUGAGCCCUCGGUGGGCCGAAUAUGACCUGUCCCAGUCUUCAUUUGAGAAUGUCUGACCUACUUCCCUGUGCCAGUCAUUUUUGAUCUGCUCUAGUGUGUGUGUUUGUUUUGAGACUAGAUUAUGGUAUCCCCAGGACAUUGCUUUCUUUAGUGGUGCUGUUCUUACACAUUGUCGUUCAAAGUUCGUCAUGGUUUUUUCGUCAUCUAUUCCCGGUCGGUUUUUUAAUUUGCCUGCCACAUAUUAUUCGAGCUGCAGGUAGGAGAAUGUGGUUGUGGUGGGUAGUGUAUAGUCUGCUUGAAUGGCUGGUAGUGUUUUCAGUUUGCCUCUGUCAAUGACCUGGUAUAUGUGGUGGAUUCCCCCUCUCCUCCAGAUGUUCCAGUGAAAUGUGGGUAUUUCCAUGCCUAUUGUUUGUAUUGGCGUGGCCAUGGGUAGCUUAGGGUUAGACACUGGUUUGUUCCUCGUUGUGCUCCACACCCUCAACAGGUUCCGUGUGCUUGGUAACAGAGUCUCUCGUAUGAGUUUUGGGCAUUUCUGUAGCCAUAAUACUGCUCGGAGGUCGUGUUGGGGAGCCCAGUGGGAUUCUAUUGCUACCCAUUGUGGGGCUUGGACUGGGAGGUUAAUUUGGGCUAUAUUGUGUAGGUAUGCCGCCCCCCACAGUAUGCCAUUAGAUUUGGUAUGCCCAUCCCGCCUUUGCUCACUGUUUGUUGUAGUGUUCCUGCUGCUACUCGUACCUUUUUUCCUUCCCAUAUGGAUGUGUUUAGGAUGUGUUGCAUGUUUUUUAAAAAACGUUUCGGGAUGAGUAUUUGUAGUGUGCGAAAGAGAUAUUGGAUUUUGGGUAUGAGUGUCAUCUUUACCGCUGCUAUACGGCCUGUCCAUGAAAUAAAUUUUCCUUCCACUUUUGCAUGGUGUCUAUAAUUUCUGUUUGUAAGCGCUCGUAGUUUAGUUUAAAGAGAUGCACUGAGUUUUUGGGAAGCCUAAGUCCCAGAAACGUCAAGUAGUCGUUUCUCCAGUCCAGUGGGAAUGCUGUCUUCAGUUUGCCCAUCAAGUCCGUGCUCAGUCCCAUCCCCAGGGCUUGUGUCUUGGUGAUAUUUAACUUCUAGUAUGAGACCUCCCCAUAUUCACGUAUUUGUGCCAUUAGGUUUGGUAGUGAUGUUAAGGGUUGUGUAGUUGUCACUAGAAGAUACCAGAAUUUAACAAAAAUCAAUGCAACAUCAGAAGUACAGAAUUAUUACAAGUAAGAGCCCUGAAAAAACAAAAACAUAAAACUAUGCAUUUUAUACUAAAUGCAUGAAAGAAAGGUCACACAGAUAAUAUCAAGUCAAUAUAAGAUUGGAGGAAAGCAAAAUACAAAGGAAAAUAGGAUUCUCCCUUUAGAAAACAGUGCAUAUGAGAUUUUAAGGGAAUAUUUCAAUCUAUUUUCUUCUAUCUUGCUUCAGGCAGAAAGUCCACUUGAUUCCUGCAGUGCACAACAGGGAGCUUCUAGUCUUCCUGCAACAGUUCGGGGUGUCAUGGCCCUCGGCAUCGGAUGCACUAUCUACCGAAGAGGCAGUUUCACAUUUUGAACAGUACCUGAAGCAGAGUGUCUACUCCAGUGAUAGCGAUACAAACCAGAAAGAGCUGCCACCAUCUGUCCUUUACAAUGUUCGCUUGAAGCCAUUUGCAGAGAAACAUAAUUUAUGCCUGGAAGGAUAUGACCCAAACCUGGACACAUUCCUUGGUAAAGAAAAAGCCUGUCAUGUUCUUAAUUUUUAAUAACUCCAAUAAAAAUAACAGGAGCUCACAUGAGUAGAUAUCAUAAACUGUUGACCCCGCCAGGACCUGCUUCUAUGGUAUCCAAAUUAAAUGCUCCACCAAUCGAAAUUUUUGUUACUAAUGUAAUAGCCACUGCAGGGUUAUAUGCAUGCAUCUCUGUGUAUCAUCUGUGUUUGACAUAAUUUAGGAUUUCGGUGCACACUUUAGAUACUCCUAUCUUUCAUUUUUGCAUUUGUUGGCAAUCUGGCCAGCACAACGCAUAGAUUAAAUAUAUAUAGCUAUCUAAAGGGGCUGUCAUAGGAGAAGUUCUUUAAAGAUGAAAACAUCAAUGUUAGGAAAGUCAAUUUCACAUUUUUAUAUCAGAUUUCUUGAGUGAUGACAAGGCAGCGUUCAGAAAAAAGAAAAAAAAAAAGCACGCACUCUCUCGUCUCAUACAGAUAAGUCAACGAGUGUGCUACAAGUUUUCGAACAAACCUUGUUUUACUAUUUGUAAAUAAUGAUGUAAUAAGCAUAAAUAAUACCAUACCAUGAUACAUACAAUUCACAUGAAUCCUGUGGUCUUCAUUUUAGUAAGCAAGGUGGACCUGACACAUGUUGCAACCCUGCAAAGAUCUAUCCAGGAAAGCAUGGUAAGUACCUACUGAUUUGGUAUUGCGCCCUGAAUCUAUACCACAAUAAUCCAUUAUUAGGUGUAAACACACCAAGUUCCACCAACUUAUUUCCCUAUCCUAGAAACAUUAGUUCACGUUUGCUUUAUUUUGAAGAUUUAGUAAAUCUCUCCAUGGACAUAUUAAUAAAAGUAAAAUAUCAAGAGAGUGUGUGGCUGACAAAGACAGGACAAUACCAAGGACAAAGGUUUAAGGCAAAUCUUAUUAUAUGACAAUCCUGCAUGUCAUUGAAACAUUAAAACUUAUUAAUGAAACCAGAUAGAAGUGAGUGAUAGCAAAAUGUUCACAAUAUAUUGUAGGAAGAUACCUGGCAUCUCAGGUACAAAAUAAGUACAUAUUUCAUGUUAAUUCUUGCUCCAGUGGACCGGUGAAGCUGGUAUUCAGUGGAGAAAAGAACCACACUAAGAUUGAUUUAGAUCAACCAUGUCAAACUCAAAGUCUAGCAUGCGGCCGCAAAUAAAAAAAAAAAAAACUUACAUUUUCAUAGAAACGUAGGUUUAUUUUGAAAGUACAGUAUAAAUAAAUCCCCAGCAUCCCCCUCUACUAAACCACAGCACCCACCUAUACUAAAUCCCAGUCCCCCCAUAUACUAAAUACCAGUACCCACCUCUAGCAAACAAGCAGACUCCACUCACAUUGCCGCUGCCAGUAUGCGAUUCUGGAGUCCGGCCUCUGGAAUACCCCAAAUGGCGCUGUCCACAUCCUGUGCCAAAUCUGAUCCUCCCGCUACUUCUUGAAACCCUGUGAAGGUGGAGCACGUCAAUGUCACGUUGGACUGUGACGUGGCGUUGCGUGUCUCCAUGCACCUCCACUUUCCAGUCGCAGCCAAUGCAACACUGACCAACACACACUUACACUCACUGACAGACACAGACAGAUAUAUACACACACUCACUGACAGACACACUCACAGACUGACAGACACACACACACACUCAUUUACAGAAACACACACAGACACAUACUCACUGACACACACACACAGACACACAUUCUUGCACUCACAUCAUUUUCUUUAUUGCUCCCCACUUUUUGGAGCUGAUGUGGGGCCUCUCCCUGGGGAUCUUCUAUUUGCUCCCUCGCCUCCAUAUGACAUCAUAUUCUGGCACCCAGCUUCACUACAGACAGAUGGCUUACGCGAGGGAGCGGUGGAGAGCAGGAACACUGAGCUCCCUCGCUGGCCCUCCUCCACAGCCGGGUAAAUAUAAGCAGAGUAGACAUCUGCAAUAUGGGGAAAGCAGGUGCCUACUCUGCUAUAACACUGAGCAUGCACUCGCGGCCCCAUUGUGGGCCACAUGCGGCAUGGGGGGGUUAGACAUGCUUGGUUUAGAUGGUCAUGAACUUCAUUCAUAUUUCAGUUCAUACAUUUCUUUUCAGUGUUUUGGAGGAUUAAUAUAUUGUAAGCACAAACCUUGUUUUGUUUGCUUCAUUUGAUAUAUUGUACAUUUCUUUAAUUGUAAGCACUAUGCACAGUUGAUUCUUUUAAGUCAUACUAGAAAGGAAUGCAACUGCAAGGUUCUUCGCCACUAUUCAAUAUAGUGAAUAAAGUGACAUCAAGCUUAUAAUAUUGAGUAUUGCUCUUUUGUGACUGAGGUAAAAAUUGAAAUACUUGUCGAGUGGUGUAAAAUGAGGGUAUGUUUUUGAAGGUAUAUGUUGAUUAAUGCACAGCUUUAAUGACAGCUUUUUAGAUGUAAAUAGUUUAUAUUGUAUUAGAAAACAUGGUGAGUAUACGAAAGAGAGAGAGAAGGCGGAGGGGAUAUAAUCAUGUUGAUUGGGCAAACAUAUUAUCAGUCAGUGUUUUAAACAUUAUUAGAUGAUCAUGAUAUCUGACAACAAGGACAGUCUGCAAGCACCAUAAUAAAACUUGGUACUGCCCUGCUUGUGGUUAAAUGACCUAUCUUAAAAAAUAUAUAUUCUACUUUAUCCCAGACUUGGUCAAAACCUUUUUUAAAACUUUUGAUUGGAAUAAAAACGAAUGAUUAAGAAUAGUCGCGUUCUUUAACGUGUUAAUUGAUGAGCUUGUGGUAGUACUACCACCCCUUUAGCCCUAUUCCUGUAGUAGCUGCGUAAUGUACUCGCAAUAUAUCAAAACAAGAUUUUUAGUGAUCUUCUGUAUAUCUUAAUUUUCUAUACCGAUGAUCACCAGAACCACUGCUGCUUAAAGGACCACUCUAGGCACCCAGACCACUUCAGCUUAAUGAAGUGGUCUGGGUGCCAGGUCCAGCUAGGGUUAACCCUUUUUUUAAAUAAACAUAGCAGUUUCAGAGAAACUGCUAUGUUUAUGUUAGGGUUAAUCCUUCCUCCAAAGCCUCUAGCGGCUGUCUCAUUGACAGCCGCUAGAGGUGCUUACGUGAUUCUCACUGUGAAAAUCACAGUGAGAACACGCAAGCGUCCAUAGGAAAGAAUUAUGAAUGCUUUCCUAUGAGACCGGCUGAAUGCGCGUGCUCAUUCAGCCGAAAGGGAGGAGAGGAGGAGGAGAGCUCCCCACCUGGCACUGGAGAAAAGGUAAGUUUUAACCCUUUCCUCUCCCCAGAGCACGACAGGAGGGGGACCCUGAGGGUGAGGGCACUAUAGUGCCGGGAAAAUGAGUAUGUUUUCCUGGCACUAUAGUGGUCCUUUAAUGUGGUGGUUUUGGCUGUGUUUUCAGAGAAAAGACAGUGUUUACAUUGCUACCUAGUAGCACCUCUUGCAAUCAUUACAGAGCAUAGACACGCUGAAUGCUCCCCAUAGAGAUUCAGUGUUCAUUUAAACUCAACUAUUUACCUUUUUUGCUAUAGCCAUGUUAAAAACCUUGUGGACUAAAAAGAAUGCUUUUUUUUUUGUCCAUUUUAAGUGCAUCGUUAUAGAAGAGACUAUUGCUUUUUCCGUGGAUAUUCCCUUACCAAGAUCUUUUACCUUUACUGAUACUUUUUCCAAACGAAUUACUUUUUUCUUUUCAGGAUGAGAUGAAUUAUACUAUGGUACACAUUGUGAGCUGUGAGGACGAGUUCCAUCAGCAGAAGCUGGAUCUUCUGUGGAGGAUUCUGGAUCCUAGGGCCAGAGCAGUCUUACAGGUACUUACAGUACUAUGCAGAAAUUGCAUGGCCAUAGCACUUUAUAUGAAGGGUUAGAGGAAUAAUCAUUCAUUUCACACACACUGUGAGUGCAUGCAAUGGAUUUAGAGUUUAAAAUGCAUUGUAUAAACUUUGUGGAGAUACAGUGAUUCAAAGGAAACUGGAGAAUAGAUAUACAUUUCCAUUAGAAGAUGUUUGAUCAAAUUAGCGCUAGUAUUGUUCCUAAAAGCAAUAGUUCAAGCACCAUAAUAAGUACAGCAUGUUAUAGUGGUUAUGGUGUCAGGAGUACCCUAGCACCCGGCCAGUGUAAUCAAUUAAACCAUAUGGUAAUGGUUUGAGUUCUUACCUGGUGACUGUUAGCUGCUGCUGCAUACCCCUCUUAUUGUGGUCCUGUGAGUUAGAAGCUCUUGCUAGAAGCUUCCUGGAGUGUAGGGAUGGCUCAUUGACUAAGAGCAUCAGCUGAUCAUUCUCAGCAAAUGAGCUAAACUCUGCACCUCUGGGUUAGCUCAGAAAGGCAGGAAGUUGCAUCCCAGGGACUCCAGAAAGUUAUGUCCCAGGGACUCCAGGUAUGUCAAAUUGUUACCAAACUGUUUGACAACUUAUAUUGGGGGGCUCCAGGGCACUUCUGGCACCAUAACCACUACAGUUUACUGUAAUGGUUAUGGUGCUUGGUUUGUUCCUUUAAGAAUUAGGAUUAAAUUUAAAAUUUUAGUCCUUACUUAGAAACCACUGUUUCUAUCAACCUAUCAUUAAUUCAUAAGUAUCUGCCAUCCAGACCACUCUACUCUUACAGAGACUUGCGUGUGUCCUCUAUUCAUACACACACCUCUGACUCUCUCCAAGACUUUUCUUGAGUUGCUGCCUACCCGCUCCAUUAGACUCAACCCCUGUCUCAAUUACUUUAAUUAAAAAAAUAAACUCCCUAUCCCACUUCUUACCUCGCUAACCUGUUUAACUUUGUCUCCUCAUCAUCUAAACAUUGACUUUAUUGUAAAAUCUCUAGCAAACAACUUUUCCCAAAAAUAGAUAAUUGUACCCUUGUCUCUUUUGUCAUUUUACCGCACUAAGCCUUACAAUGUGAGCUAAUUUAAGCAAGUCAUGCCGCAACUUUUGUUGCUGAACGUUCCGAAUUGCCUUGUUCGUUAUUACUCCACCUAUUGUACAGUGCUGUGAUAUAUGUUGGUGUUUAUAAUAAUUUUCACAAUCCAUAAAACAUGCCAUUUAUACAUAUAUUUCCCCAGUUCUUUGCUGUGUUUUAUCAAAAUAUUAUUUAAUCUGUUGCAGAAACAUCUGAUCUGUGGUCCAGUUAAACUUCUGAAUCCAUCGAUGCUGGUCAGCUGCCCUCAGUAUUUUCAGUAAGACAUUCUCCAUUCAUGUACAGGACUAUAGAUGGCAUGUACCACUGCUUAUUAAGAAAAUAAAUGUGCUUAUAUAAUUUUACAAUUAUUUUGGUUUUCUACUAUAGGAUCAGGAAAUCCCAGAUGCAUGAAGCCUCUGUCAUGAAAUAUGGUGAAGUCGUACAAGGUUUGCCUAAUAUGCUUUUCCAUCAUUUAUUCAUAUGCAACAUUGUCUAAGAUGCUUUGCUAUAAUUCAUUUUCUUAUUAAAGUUUAAUACUACAGGGUCUAUUUACUAAACCAGGAAUUGUGGAGAAUUGUAGAAAAUUGCAAGCUUCGGGCUUCCAACAGUAAUUUUCCCAGCCUGGCCAUUUACAAUUCUCUUCAGGUUAUGUUGUAUUUCAUUCAUUCAUACUGGCAAUGAAGCAGAUUCUCAGUAUUUGUAACUGUGACUAUCAUACUGAAAUGAUUUAUUUAGGUUCUGUAGGGGCUGUUGAUAAUAUUAACCUCUUCUCCCGUGUGCCACCAGUGCUAUAACUGAAGACUAGGGUGCACACUAAGGUAAUAGCCACUCCCAGUGUCUACAAGCUUUUUGGUGAAAUAGUUCUAAAAGUGUAGCAAUCAGCUGGGUACAUUUUUACAAAUCAUACAGAUCUGCUCUGUAAAAAUAGUAUCCUAUAUGUUUGCUCUUGUCUCAGCUGUCUCUAAAUAAUUCCAUCAGCUUCAUCAAGAAAGCAAGUACCCAAAUAGGCAUAAUGGGACAGUGGUAGAUCAGUUAACGUACAUAUCAUGCUUUAAUACUUAGCAUAGUUUUCAGAAUUUUGAUGUGUAUAUUCUGUAUUGUGCAGGUAACAGCUGGGAUGAAAUAAUUAACUCUUUAACCUCAGCAGCUAUCCACUUUGAAAUGAUGUCUACACCUCACCGCAGCCAGGUAAUAUUUUAAACAAAAUAUAAAAAUAUAUCUUCGUGAGAGAAUGUGUUUGGUUAAAAUGACACUAUUUUUAAAGCAUGGUUUGGGGAUAAAAUGGUGAUUAUUUCUAUUCCAAAUGUUCUGUCCAGGCAUGUAUCCUGUUUCCAUGUCAAGAAAAAUUGCUGUAAGACUAGUUUCUGGAGUCAUCACUACCGACGUUUAUUUCUCUGCAUUCUUCCAGGUAACCUUGGAUUUAGAAGAUGCUAACAUCACUACCAAGGGAACAAAGAGUGGAUCAUUUGUGAUGUAUAACUGCGCACGUCUUGCAACCAUGUUUGAAAGCUACAACAACGCAGUCACUCAAGGUACAUAAUCACUGGAGUUUAUUAGCUAAAGAGAUGCAAGUGUUAGAUCAAUAUUCAAACAGAAAACCUUGUGUUUCAUUAACUUUAUUAUGUCAGAUUUGGAAAGGCUAUUAAUUUAUAAAUUUACUUAAACAUAUUAAUAAUGGGUGGGAUUUACCAACUGGCUUUAAAAUCAGCAUACGUCAUAAAAUGAGUAAUGCUUGUCAGUCAGAAAAUACACCCUUUUCGAUUGUCUAGCAUGAUCAGUAGUCUAGCUUGAGUAGUCUGAUGUUUGCGUAUUACGUUGCACUUCCAUUGUAUGUUUUUUUUUUCCCUAUUAGAAGCACAUAACACUGGUGAAAAUUGGUGUGUUUUGAUGUUAAUCAAAAAACUGUUGAUAUUUGCAGCCGUAAUGCUUCCUGUUCCUUAGAAAAGUAAAAUACUCAACUCACCCUGUGAUACCCCAGAAUUUAACUAGAAAUAGCCAAGUGACACUUUCAGCCACUCCUUCAGUACUAAUAAUGCCCCCAGCCCUAUCACCCUGUGAUGUUUUUACCCCUUCUUCCUAGGUUGUAAGCAGGGCAUUCUUAACUGUUUGUGUCUGUCAACAUUAUUUUUGUCUGUCAAUUGCUUGUUGUUAAAGGGUUACUCCAAGCACCAUGAACACUUGAGUGACUUAAAGUGGUCCUGGAGUCUUUAUAUACAUCCUUUUGCUGCCAGUGGUGUCAUCUGGCUUUGUCAUUGAUGCGGCACUAGAUAGCCCAUAACAAGAGGGACCCAGAUAAGAGGACAAACCAUUCCAAAAUGCUUUGCAUCCUUACCAGGACAGAGGGGCAGGGUACUCCUCACAUCAUAACCACUACAUCAAGCUGUAAAUGUAAAGUCCUGCAGAAAAUGUUGUCACUAUAUAGCUGAUAAUAAUCAGAAGUAUUGUUAUGACCAUAGGGUGCCCAAUCUCUAUGGAUUUAUUAAAAAUAAUAGUGCCCAACCUCCUGCACAAUAUAGGACUGCGGGAUGCCAAAACCCUGGUCCUAUGUGGCUACCUCAACUUUGAUAGCUGUUAGUCUCCUUUUCUCUCACAAUCUCCCCAAAUCAUCCAUGUGUCUUCCCCCCAAAAUAUACUAUUUUCUGCAAGAUGGUUUUGUGGACUGGGCAUUUCUUAAUCUACUUAUAACUGCUCUAGAGGACUUGAGGAAUAGUGUGAUUCUGUUAUUCGUAGAACUAAUGGUUGGCCAUGUAAAUGUUAAUGGGACACUCCAAACCUCUAAAGCACAUCAGUUUGUGUCUUCUUUUUUCCCCCUACUGCAUUUUACAAAAAGUGAAGGUUUCAACAAAAAUUGGCACUUUUAUAAAUUAAUCUUGUUACACCCCCUGGCCGUCCUGUUACUUUCUGAUUUUGUUAGCUCAGUGGGGCUAAACUCAAGAGGUAGGUAUGAGCUGCAUUGGGAAGUCUGUGAUUUGACAUCACCAGAAAGUCUGGGCAGGUUUAGAAGGGGAGGGCUUGCAAAGGCUACAGACAAGAUAACUGCUGCUUUUGCAAGCUGUUUAUACAUAUAUAUGAAAAAAUACAUUAUUAAUUGCAUGCAUGUUUUCAUUUUGGGUAUAUGUACACUAAACAGUGAUUUAAAGAAAAAUAUAUUUUUAAAAUCUAUUUUGGAUAUGGAGUGUCUCUUUUACUAUUCUUCUGUAGAUUGCAUUUAUAUAAAAUAUUGGUUUAAAAUGUGCAUCAGUCACUCCUGUACUUGAACUCUGCUGCGAACAUCCACUUCUAACCUUCUGCCCUACAGUGUCACCAGAAAACAAUUAACAACUAUGGCUUCUAAAUCAAACCCAAUGUUUUAUAGCAAGAUUUAUCAUACUGUUAUUAGACGCAUGCAUUUAUAAUAUUAAAGGCAUUUUGAUUUCUGUUAUUUAGGCUCAUACCCAACAUUCCCACCUUCUGGAGACAUAAACUACUCUACUUUAACUGAAGAGGUGAGUUUAGGGGAAGUUCAUGGUUAUGCCUACCUUUCUGACAUCUGAACUCUAUGACCAAAUGGCAGUCUUCAGCGCUUUAAUCUUGGAAAGGUCAUUUCAUAUUUUCAAUGCCAAACAUAGUCAACAGGGGAGGUAUGGUGGGCAAGCAUGUUUACAACAUUGCUAAUCUGUGUAUAUUUUAAACCAUGGCCCUUGCACCAUUGAAAAUCUUUAACUUAGUGUGGACAUCCUUCUUGGCCAGGUUUGCGUAAUGGUUUCUUAAAGUGAAUUUACUCCCCUAGCUGCGUGCAAUCUGAUCUGUUCUGGCAGCUUCAGAACAGAGGUGAUCUCAGGAUAAGGAAUUAACACCAUACACAGAUUUCAUCUGUGUAAAAUGUAUCGUAGCCUCUAAUGUGGGUUUCUUACUAAAUCAUCUAUUUGCUGCGAUUCCCACUGGAAAAGAAAUAUAGAUGCAACAAAAGCUAAAAGCAAUGGUAUGGAAGAAACCCAUAUCAUAUUCUGUUUUGGCUUGUGCUCUGUGUUUAGAGACAGAUCUCUCUCCAAGUCAUACAAUGCUACCAUCACGUCUUCUGUAUUUAUGUCACACAGGGGGAAUGGCUCCUGCUGUUUAAUUAUAUCAUGACUUUCCCAGAGGUCCUCACUCAUUCUGCACAGAUUUCACUAGCAUCCCCAGGGAUCCGGGUUACGGCCAACACAGAAGCGGUAAGAUACACUUUUUUUUUUGGUAUGUCUGGUUCAAAAACUCUGUUGCCUGAAUUACACACUUUAUUAUCAUGAAAUUAUUAAUAUAUGCAUAAUUAGAUAUAAUAUGUAUUUUUUUUUAUUCGAGUAACAGAAUUUUUGAAUUAUUCUCUUUGGGGAGAUCCUCCAUUUAUUAAGGAAUGCUUUAUGCUUGAUAAAGUGAGGCUUUCUUGCAAGUUUGCUUUCAUAAAAUUCUGUUUAUCCACAACAACAAAUAAGUAUUACAAGAUACUGCAAUACAAUAUUUUUUUACUUUAAUGAGGGCUAAAUGGAUCACACCAUCACUAUGUUUUUGUGAGUUUAUUUAUCGGUUUCAUGUAUAAUCUCCACAAAUACAAUACUAGAAUGAUUUUGCAAAUGCCAUUAUUGUUUUUUCAAACAAGAUCAUUUGAGUUUGUUAUUCUUUACUGAUGGUUUGCACAGCAUACACCCGACUAGGUUUACUGGAUGUGAAUCUACACUAGAGGGCAUAUUUUUAAAGGGCAGUUGUGGGGUAGAGCACUAAUUAUGGAUCAAUUAGCAAAAAACAUUUUACCAGUUACAUAAGUGAUUACUUCAGAAUUGCUUUACCUUCUACAAUUAAAGGGUCAGAAAUUAUGCAAUUUCAUAGAGCCUUAGCCAGCUCUAGCGUGUAUAGCGUGCGGUGGUAUAAUCACCACUAAUAAGAUAUAUUGGAGGUGUCCAUUUGGUUCACGAUGACAGGAACCCCGGGAGAAAUAGACAGAUAGUGCUUUUAAUAAAACAAGUGAUGUAUAUGAUAAAAAUAGUUAAAAUAUACUCACAAAUAUAGAGCAGACGAACUGCUCUAUGAUGACAGUGUUGGUGGUUUGAUCCCCAUUUAGGAUUGCUUUGGAGUAGAGAUAAAAGAUGCCAGGAAGUAUGAAAACAGUAUUAAAACUAAAUAAAAAUGGUUAUUGGCACAGCACGCAAGUAUAGUGACCAAAGUCCUUUAAUAGUUAAAAUACAAAGUAGUAACAUCCAUUAACACGUUUCCACCAGUAUGGCUUUUUCAAUUGUUUUUUUUAUCUUUUUACUUGUCAAUAUGAGACUGAUGUCAGUACACAUUACUAGCAUUUUAGUUGACUGAACUCUGCAUUAACUGCUAGACCUUGAGCACAUUGAAGUCUGCAUACAUUAUUAGAAACUUACAUCUACAGGUGUUUACACAAAAAUUAAUAUACAAGGAGAUGGACUUGUCUUGUUGGUGUGCCAAAUACAAAAGAAACCAAUCUACAGCUAAAUUGUUUUAAGCAUUGCCGUACCCUGGUGUCGACAAAUAAUCAGCUACUACUGAUGAUACCUCUGUAGUUGCAGUUUAGCUUUAAUAGUGUUUUGUCUGGAUCUGUCUGUUCUAGGUGUGCAAGUUCCUGGUGAAUCUAAGCAUGGAUUUCAGUUCUUAUUAUAACAGAGUUCAUAUUCUCGGGGUAAGUGACAAUAUUAUUACUAUUUGUUUCUCACCAACAUAUUCUGCAGCGUUGUACAAUAUUUUAGAAUUUAAUGAAAAAAAGAUUUUACUUCUUACUUAUAGUUCCAUAGGCUGAAAAGAGACAUGCAUCCAUCAGGUUCAGCCUUUGUCACAUCUCUUUUUUGCAGUUGAUCAAACAGGUUAAAAAAAUAAAAAAAAUAAUUUGAAGGGCUUUCCAAUUUUGCAACAAACUAAGAAAACCCCCAUACCUAAAACCCAAACACUUUGGGAGGUCUCUUCAACUGCUCAUUUUUGAGGUUGUCAGCAUUUCAGACACUUUUGAAAAACUCAGUUUAGCUACAAUUGUAAUGUAAAUAGGAGCAGACUUCAGUAGGGCUUGUAUGACAAAAAUCUGAACAGAUUUCAACGUUUUAAGCAUGAAGGCACCUGAAAAAUCUGUGACUGAGCUAAAAGAUAACGUGUUAUUAAAGGCUGGAGCUAUUUCACAGAUAUACAGUUUUAGGUUUCUUUUACAAGGUGUGCGUUAUCAGUUAUGGUUUUGAAAAUAACUUGUCUAUUAAUAUCACUUUAAAACUUCACUGUCUGCACCUUUUCUCCCAUCCAGAAGUAUUAUUCUACCUUUAUCAGCCUCGUAGCUCAGCUUACUUCAUGUUUUAACCAAAGGAAGUGGAUCAGAUAGAAGAGAGUCAUAGGUCAUUCACAUUGAGAAAUUGGUACAGAGCACUGGUGGAGUUAUUUUCUAAACUGGAAAUUGUGGCUAAUUGACAAAGAAAUCCAUAUUCUAGACAUGAAUAGACAAACUGGAAACAUUUGAUUUCUACGAGUUUGCAGCUAGGUGUUUUUGGCCUAAAAUGUAUCAUUUCUUUGCUGACCUUCCACAACUUCUAGUUUAGUAAAAAAAAAAAAAAAAAACCAUGUACUGAGAAAGAGACACAGAACACCUUGAAAUGUUUGUGUAAUAAGGAAAAGGUGUCAACAUCACCAGCAUCAGUACAGUGUGAUCUGCCCUUAACUAUCUUGUUUACGUUGCUUCAUGUUUAGUUAUGCAGCAUGCUCAGUUAAAUAACACAUUUCUAUGUGUUGAGUUUCCAGUAAAUUUAGUGGUUAUUUCUCCAAAGACACUGGUAAAUGGCAUUUAUCCACCAUGCUUUUCUUUAACCCACAGGAACCACUGCCGCAUCUGUUCCAGCAGAUGUUUGCCAGGCUUCAGCUGAUGAAGGCAAUUCAGAGCAUCCUGUGCUCUGCGCUGGGCUCACUGCACAUCCCACCACUGACACAGAUAUAACAGAUCUGCUACAGAACGCAUGUGAUGCAUGUGGACUAGCCAAACUUUGAACCCAGACUCCAGACCAGCAAUACAAACCGACUUCCUAAUCUGGGGGGAGGGCAAAUUUGUUUAUACAGAGUGCCAAAGAAAACCCAACUCCUUCAUUGAGGACUUAUUACAAAGAAACGUCACCCUCAUACAGGGUAAAAAGUGGAUUAACCCUUCCAGUGCCAGAAACACCAUGCUUUAAAAAUCCACAAUGGUUUAAUAAUCUGUGUACCAGAGACUGUUUUAACAUUCCCACCUAAAGAAAAAUGUUUUAAGUUACAUGGUUAAAUACGUUGUUCAAUGCAUGCUGAAAGUGCAUUCUUUAAAAAAAGAGAAAAAGUUCUUGUUACUGAGUACAGGUUAUCUUUUAAUUUAAGCAUAGGAAAUGUACUAUAAUUUACUCAUAAAAGCAACUUCUGACAAAGUCUGAGUGGUUUCAUCUUGGCUUUCUAGCUAUAGUUGGCAGACAAUACUGAGAAAAGUAGUCCAGGAAUGCCUGAAGGGGAAGGUUUGGACCUUAGCUUGAUGUGAUACUUGGCAAGAGACAGGUAAAGAAGGAAGACGUGGCAUACAGCAGUUGAUAUGAUGUUGCAAAGCAUUGAGGGAGAUGCAGUGAAUUAGCACAGGUUACAGAGCAUGCUGGGGGAUGUAGUGUGCAGAUACUGCACUGGUACUAAAAAAAAAAAAGCAUGGGUUGCAUAGCAUGUAACGAUAAUUAAUGAUAAACCUAAUACAGGUUGUGGAGCA